AUGGAGGGACUCAAGAAAGCUUUCGCUGAGACGAAGGCUGAGGGCCGAGCUGCUCUGGUGGGCUACUUCACCAGUGGCUACCCCACCGCAGACCAGACAGCAGAUGUCAUGCUAGGUCUGCAAGCAGGUGGCGUUGACGUGAUUGAGCUCGGUCUACCCUUCACGGAUCCUAUCGCAGACGGCCCUACCAUUCAAAAGUCGAACAACGUUGCUCUAGCCAACGGUGUUACUGUUUCUUCGUCCCUGCAAUGCGUUCGAGACGCCAGGAAUCGAGGUCUGACCGUCCCAGUGGUCUUCAUGGGCUACUACAAUCCACUGCUACGAUAUGGCGAAGACAGAAUGCUUACGGACUGCAAAGAGGCGGGCAUAAAUGGCUUUAUCAUGGUCGAUCUACCUCCCGAGGAGGCAGUACGCUUCAGAAACAACUGCAAAAACCACGGCCUGUCAUAUGUGCCCCUGAUCGCACCAGCUACCUCAGAAAAGAGGAUGAAGCUACUUUGCUCGAUUGCAGACUCUUUCAUCUACGUUGUCUCCAGAAUGGGUGUCACAGGUGCAACUGGUACGCUAAACACGAAACUGCCUGAACUGCUUGAGAGAGUGCACCAGUACUCUGGUGGCAUUCCAGCUGCGGUUGGAUUUGGUGUGAGCACAAGAGAGCACUUUCUCAGUCUCCAGAAUAUUGCAGAGGGCGUGGUGAUAGGAAGUCAAAUCGUCAUUGAGCUCGGCAACGCUAAACCAGGUGAGGCUGGCAAGGCUGCUGAGGAUUACUGUGCACAAAUCACUGGCAGAAGACCAGGACUUAAAAAUAACACGAAUGGCUUAACCAGGGAAGUGGGCAUGGUCGAGACCAUGAGUGCUGCGAAAGAGCCAAAUGGCAACACUACAAAUGGUCUGCAUGGCAUUCCAGUUCAUGUGGACGAGGUCAUAACCGACGCUGAUAGACCUGACGAGCCGGGUCUAGCUGACCAACUGGACGCACUGAACUCUUCUACAAAUGGUACAGAGCCCAAUCCAGACGCUAUUCCAAAUAGAUUCGGUCAAUUUGGCGGUCAAUACGUGCCAGAAUCACUCAUGGAUUGUCUAGCUGAACUUGAGGAAGGAUUUAAUCAGGCAAGGAAUGAUCCAAAGUUCUGGGAGGAAUUCAGAUCAUACUACCCCUACAUGGGCCGCGAGUCCUCUCUGCAUCUAGCUCCACGCCUGACUGAAAAAGCUGGAGGUGCCAACAUCUACCUGAAGCGAGAGGAUCUCAAUCAUACAGGCAGUCACAAGAUCAACAACGCACUCGGUCAGAUUCUAAUCGCUAGAAGACUGGGCAAGAACAGAAUCAUCGCCGAGACAGGUGCUGGUCAGCACGGUGUAGCCACUGCUACUGUUUGUGCAAGGUUCGGCAUGGAGUGUGUCAUCUACAUGGGCGCUGAAGAUGUUCGCCGACAAGCUUUGAAUGUCUUCAGAAUUAAGCUGCUCGGUGCCAAGGUCAUCGCCGUUGAGGCAGGAAGUAGAACACUUCGAGAUGCCGUCAACGAGGCGAUGCGAGCUUGGGUUGUCGAUCUUGACAGCACACAUUACAUUAUCGGCAGUGCCAUUGGUCCUCAUCCGUUCCCAACUAUUGUUCGCACCUUUCAGUCGGUCAUUGGUCAGGAGACCAAGAAACAAAUGCAGGAGCUGACAGGUCGCUUACCCGAUGCAGUUGUUGCCUGCGUUGGUGGUGGCAGCAAUGCUGUCGGCAUGUUUUACCCAUUCAGUAAUGAUCACUCCGUUCAGCUCGUGGGUGUCGAAGCUGGCGGUGAUGGUGUAGAUACUGGUCGCCACUCUGCCACUCUCAGUGGAGGCAGCAUUGGAGUCCUACAUGGUGUUCGCACUUAUGUUCUCCAAAAUGAGCAUGGUCAGAUCAGCGAUACACAUUCCAUAUCUGCCGGGCUUGAUUAUCCUGGUGUUGGUCCAGAGCUAUCGGGCUGGAAGGACGCCGACCGGGCUACCUUUAUCAAUGCCACAGAUGCGGAAGCAUUCAUUGGCUUCCGUACUCUGAGCGAGACGGAGGGCAUCAUACCAGCCUUGGAAACUGCUCAUGCUAUCUACGGAGCCAUGCAAUGGGCUAAGAAGAUUGGCAAGGACAAAAAUAUCGUCAUCUGCCUUUCUGGCAGAGGUGACAAGGACGUGCAGUCUGUCGCUGAUGAACUUCCUCGACUGGGUCCUGUGAUUGGUUGGGAUCUCAGAUUUUAG